GUUGGACACCCCUACCCUGUCAGCGAAUGUUCCUGCUUUUAUUUUGAAUGUCAUCCAAACAGGAUGCACAGUGUUGUGUGGAUGAUAGCGUCUUGACCGUGCGUGGAUUUGGAAUGGACUUGUCCUGCUGAGAAGUGAACGUGCAUCAGGAUCCACCAUGGCACCCACUGGACUCAAAGCCGUUGUUGGAGAGAAGAUAAUGAAUGGCGUCAUCAAGAAGGCACGAGAAAAGGGAAAAUGGAAAGUGCUUGUUGUGGACAAGCUGAGCAUGAGGAUGAUUUCCUCAUGUUGUAAGAUGACAGACAUCAUGUCCGAGGGAAUCACCAUUGUAGAAGACAUAACCAAGUGCCGGGAACCUCUUCCAAGCAUGGAGGCCAUCUAUCUGAUCAGACCCUCAGAUGAGUCUGUUGAGGGUCUGAUUGAUGACUUUAGGGAUCCAAGGUCUCCGAAGUACAGAGCAGCCCAUGUCUUCUUCACUGACACAAUUCCAGACUCCAUGUUCGGCCUCUUGACCAAAUCUCGAGCCUCCAAAGCCAUGAAGGCCUUGACAGAGAUCCAUGUCGCCUUUCUACCCUAUGAAUCUCAAGUCUUCUCCCUGGAUAAAGUGGACGCCUUUCAGGACUUCUACAGCCCCUUCAAAGCUGACGUGAAGAACAACAUGCUGGAGGGUUGUGCUGAACAGAUUGCCACCCUCUGUGCCACUCUGAAAGAAUAUCCUGGAAUCCGAUACAGAGGGGAGUACAAAGACUGUGCUGUUCUGGCCCAGAUGCUGCAGGACAAGCUGGAUGGAUACAAGGCUGAUGACCCCAAUAUGGGAGAGGGCCCAGAUAAAUGCCGCAGUCAACUCAUCAUCCUGGACCGAGGAUUUGAUCCCGUAUCACCUCUUCUACAUGAGCUCACACUGCAGGCAAUGGCCUAUGACCUGCUAGACGUUGAGAAUGAUGUCUACAAGUUUGAGACCAGUGGGAUGGGGGAGACCAGGACAAAAGAGGUAUUGCUGGAUGAGGAUGAUGAUCUGUGGUUGACUCUGAGACAUAAACACAUUGCUGAAGUUUCAACGGCUGUGACUCGCUCUCUAAAAGAGUUUUCUGCCAGCAAAAAAAUGAACACUGGAGAAAAGACCACAAUGAAGGAAUUGUCACAGAUGCUGAAGAAAAUGCCGCAAUAUCAAAAAGAACUAAGCAAGUAUUCAACCCACCUGCACUUGGCUGAGGAUUGUAUGAACCGCUACCAGGGGACUGUUGACAAACUCUGCCGUGUAGAACAAGACCUCGCAAUGGGCACAGACGCAGAGGGAGAGAAGAUUAAGGAUCCCAUGAGGCUUAUUGUCCCUAUUUUACUGGAUACCAAUGUCAGUGUCUCUGAUAAAAUACGCAUCAUUCUGCUUUACAUCUUCCUCAAGAAUGGUGUGACUGAAGAAAACCUUUGCAAGUUGCUCCAGCAUGCCAACAUCCCACCGGAGGACAGUGACAUCAUUUCCAACAUGGCCCACAUGGGUGUGCCUAUUGUCUCUGAGGGCACUGCCAAGAAAACCAAAAAGCCUGACCGUAAGGAGCGAAUCAGUGAGCAAACCUACCAACUCUCAAGAUGGACUCCACUUGUCAAGGAUCUCAUUGAGGAUGCCAUUGAGGACAAACUUGACAUGAAGCAAUACCCGUACAUUUCUCAGAGACAAGCAGCAGCCAAAGCCAGUGCUCCAUCAAGCAGUGCUCGCUACGGUAACUGGCACAAAAACCGAAGCCCCACAGAGGUGAAGACUGGGCCAAGGAUCAUUGUCUUCAUUAUUGGAGGCAUGACCUACAGUGAGAUGCGCUGCGUUUAUGAGGUCACCCAAGCCAAUGGCAAGUGGGAGGCCCUGAUUGGUUCCACCCACAUCCUUACCCCUCCCAAGUACCUGAAAGAACUACAGCACCCGGAUUUCCUUGAUCCCAAUGCAGCACCUGAGGGCAGUGUUGGACCACCUGCAGAGUGAUGAAUGCUGAGGGAGGCACCAGCUGGGUACAGUAAAACAAAUCUACUGAAAUGGCCACACUUUUCCAUAUUCGAAAAACUCCCGGGGACUUGAGGACAACCUGACUUGAAGAAAACACAAAGACCGAAGAGCAACCCCCAAAUUUGUCAUCUUCAUAUGACUUGCUAAACUCGCUUGUGUGUGGCUUGUCUGUAUGAACCUGUGAGUGUUAGGUUAGUGGCUAUUGCCUUUGGAAUAUUAUGUGCUAUAUUUAUUGUACUGUGUUUAUUUCUACUGUAUACCGUAUCACUUUAGAUUUAGGGAGUGUGAACCUCAACGAGCAAAGGACACGUUGCAUGAAAUUCACCGUCCAAUCAUCCUUUCCACUUCUCGUGUUUUAUGUCAUAUAAGAAGUCAAUUUGAAUCACAUAAAUAUCAUAUUAAUACCAAUCCAGACUACACUUAGACUGGCUGAGAGACUCACUGAGAGGGACUUGAACCUGCCACUCACAUUUUCAAUCGCAUGAUUUACAUUUGGAAACAGUGUGGAGACUUCUUUUCUAAUAUCAGACAUUUACCCUCACACUCUAAAUGAUUUGUUGUAAAUUAUAAUUAGCAACAUUCCAAAGUGAUUUAGUUUUGUAAUGGCUGUGAGUUAAGGGGUUAAGGCUGAGGGCUGAGCUUGUGACUUGCAAUUUCUUACCAAAACGUUAGGGGGCAGUGUUUUCCUGAGUGUGAGCAACCACAACGCUUGUUGACUAGCUAUUUAGCUUCCUGUGUAGCUUCAUUGUGAACAAUGAAGCCACAUCCAGAUGGUUGAGUGCAUAAUAACACAUUUUCCUAUCAAAUUUAACAUUAUUUUUAACAUUGAAGACAACUAAAAUUGUGAACUUCUGCAUCUUUUGCCAGCUGAGAGCAAAUAAAAGUUCAAUAAAGGAACACACAUUACUUUUGACAUUCCUAGUUUGAAGACCAAACAAUUCCAUUUAUGUCCAUUUAAUAGAAUUUAAGUCCACGUUAGGCACAUCAUACACAACCAACCUUUUAACCUUUCCACUUUUAAGAGCAGAAGAGCUUUUGUGUAGGCUUUGUUGUUGUCUUAGUGUCUUCUUUUAUUUUGUCAGUCAUGCCUCUAGUAUAUCUUUGCCAUAUUCUCUCAUCAUGUAGCACUUCUGAUGGAAAUGUCCAUGCUGCCACAGUCUGCAUAAAUAACAGUAAGUGAUGUAGCAUUUGAUGGAAUAAACUGGCGUUAUUGUUAUGAAAUCAGC